GAAACUUGACCCAACUGCCCCCCCACUGCACAUAUCUGACGCCGACGGCAGCACUGCGGUGCUAUGACGUCAGGCAGCGCGUUUCGGUAAGGUGAACGCAUGUGCACGUGUGAUAAAACGAUGCGAUUAACACUCGACGACUCGCUCUUGGCAUGUGUUGCCGCUCUUCGCGCGCUUUGGGCCGGUUCGAUUAUCGCCAUAGUCGGCAGCGCUACUGAGCUGCUGCGCGCUACUACUUUCCACCGGUUUUCAAAGCACGCCGCUUUCUAAGCCACUCCGGGAAAGGAAGCCGGCGGACACAACGAUGUCUGAUUCGAUGCACUCCGAUGCGUGCGACGUUUACCUCUGUUGCGCGCCGAUCCAGAACAGGAAUUCUGCAAGCGCGAAUGCGCUGUCGUACUUCGCUUCAUCGUCGAGAAGCGUGUGCGGCGAUUCGUGGGAGAAGCACUGGCUAGUGAUCUUCGACUACGGCAAGGCCGUGGUGCUGAUCUGCGACGCAGACAUGGACCACGCUGGAGACCUGACGGGUCGCAAGUACUGGAAGAAGCGGACAGUCCUCAAGGACACCUACUCGUACAAGAAGUACCUGGGAAAACGCACAGUUCCGGAGGAGCACGUCGAGGCGGUCAUGCGAGCGAUGUGCGACUCGGGCCCCUACCACUUGACGAAGAACAACUGCCAGAAGUGGGUCAAGGAGUUGCUGCGUCGGCUGGGCAUAGAGACGCCUUCGGACGAGCGCGACGCCGAAGCCGUGGUCGAGGAAGUCGUCCAGCCAGCCCUCAACACGGGCUACGCCGUCGCAUUGCUCUAUGGCGCCUGGGUGGCGGCUAAGUUCGUCUUGACCAGGGGACGCUUCUAGAAGCAACUAAGACUAGCAGUAAUGGCGUCGUAUUCCUUCGCGGCGAGCAGCCGAUUCCGCUUCGCUGCAUCUCAAUAGCACACCAAACGAUGAAGAUGCUGGUGCACAAAUAAGUGAUCAGUCGGCGUCAUUACGGAAUUUGAGCUUGUACGUAAACCCUUUGCGUAGUACCGGGCUGCUAGAGUAAGCAGGUGCGUAAACGUGAGCGGCACAACACACAUACGCAUUAAUUGUUGCAGUAACUGCCAUGUUGUACUUGGCUGCUGUGUCGACAGGGACUUAAGUCCUAAUAUGCAGCCUUCGUAAAAUUUUGCUUUGAAGAGAACACCCAUAUAACCCGAAAAAACAAAACAAAACAAAACAAAAAAAAAACUAACGCAUUCAGGCUUGGCAAAGUGUCUCCAGGUGUCGCUAGCAGUAUUGUUCACAUCUCCGGUAAACCAUUGUUUGGCGUAGGUUAAUUAAAGUCUGCGGAUAAGCUAAGAAUCUCCACACCUACUAGAAAGUUUAUUUCACUUAUUUAAAGCCAGUUUUUCCGCCUUGUUUACCCCGAGCACUAGUGCAUACAAAGUUUAAAGGAAAAUUGAAGCACUUGCCGUCUAUUUCAAAAAUUGGGUCAAAGGAUUGCAGUUAAAGAUGCGACCAGGCAAAAGGAAAAAAAAAAAAAAAGAAGCUGUUGAUACCCCUUGCCUUGUUUUGAUAUGUUCCUUCUUUCCAACACGUUUGUUUCUCAAUUUGAUGUUCAGUUUAGAUGUUCUACUGUUGUUUUCUGGUCAUUCUGGCUCUUGUGUACGAGAAGCACUAUGUACUUCGAAAUAUUUAAGAGAAAUCUGUAGCGUAAGUUUUCCUCCCGAAUAGCUGUACAAAACAGCUAUUCCGGAGGGAAAUACUAAAAGCACACACCUAUUAAACAAUGUUGCUUAAUAACAAACGACUUUGCUUUCAACUGGCAACCUUCAAUACUAUGCCAUGCGGUUGUUCCAUUCUGAAAUGUGGUCGGGAAAAUGGCUUAAUAACAUCACUGCGACACCUUACUAUUACGGACGUAAAUAUACCGCCACCACUUUUCAUAUAAAAUAGGGUGGCAAUGCUGCAAAUCUCUGUCGACGCCAAUCUUUUGAAAAGUCAAUAUACGCUAUAAAGCAGGAUUUUUGCUAUUCUUCGACAAUUUACCCACCUGAAAUCCACU